AUGUCUAUCUUAAUCAAUAGAAGUAUUUAUCAAAUUAAUAAAGAUGGAAUAGAAAAUAGAAGAAAGCUUUUUGAAAGUAAGCAGAUGAAAAAAAAUGAAAAAGAGUAGAGUGAUGAGAAAAUAGUGUUUUAGGAAACUUUUUAAAAUCGUGAUAAAGAUGAAAAUUAAGAGCAAAAUAUGUUUGAUUUUUUUACUUUAAGCUAAUAAGAAAGCAUCGUUAAUUAACAAAAAACAGAUAAUCAACAAAAAGAAUAAUUACAAAUUAAUUAUAAUGAUGCAUUAGAUGCCUCUAAAAAUGAUGAUAGUCUUUAGAAUAUGAAUUAAUCUACUCACAUUAAUCCAAUUAAUUUGUAAGCUAUGGUAAAACGAGAUGCUUUAACACCAAGAUAAAGAUUUAGCAAUAGAAAAAUAACUAAAAAAGAUAUUAACUUUAUAAAUACAAUAAUCAACAGGAGCUAAUUCAAUACUAGCAAUACUCCUAAUAAUCGGCUUGAAAAAAGUAGAUUAAAAAUUUCAAAUUUAGCUAGUUAUUUUUAGUUAGAUGGUGAUAAAAACCUUGAGCCAACUUAUUUUAAAUUAUUAUCAUUCUUUUAUGCUUAUAAAUUUUUAAAGACUUUACUUACCGGGUUCAUAAAUUAGAAUAUUUAUUUUUUAUCAGACUUACAAAUGAAAAUAAUAAACGAUAAGUCUUAUUUUGCUCAAGGAAUGAGCUUUAAAAAUUAAUAAUAGACAAAUGACACAUAAAGAUAUUCGAAUAUAUUUGAAAGGCUACUAAACUUGAGAACAUAAUAAAAUACUGAAUAAAAUAUAAUAUCAAAAUAAAGUUUUAAGAUAAAAAGAUAUUUUAGCUCAUUUAUUUAAUUCUUUUCCAGACUCUUAUUUAAAAGCUUUGUGAUUAUCAAUCCAAAUAAUUUAUUUUUAAAGCUAUGGGACUUGAUUUAUUUACUUUUUUUUUUUGCUAUAUUUUUAACUUAUCCUUUUUAUUUAUGCUUUGUGAAUGGAGAAAGUGAUUCUUUACCAAAAUAAAUUGUAUAUAUAAUAUAAAUAAUUUAAAUCAUUACAUCUUUAUUUGAUAUUUUGCUAACUUCCUAAACAGGUAUUUAUGUUUUUGGAGAAAUAGUCCUUAAAAGAGAGAUAAUUUAUAAGCAAUAUGUUUCUCAACUCCUCACUUUAGAUACCUUCUGCAUUUUGGUAUAGUUAUUAGGAAUUUGGACUGGCUACGGAUUUCCUAAUUUUUUAGCUAUUUUGUUUCGGAUAACUUCGGUCAAAGAUAAGUUUUCUAGAAUGGAUUGGCACAGAAAGUUAAAAUAAAAACUUUCAUCAUACUAUGAUCUUAUUAAGUUGAUAAGUUUCCUCCUGAUAGUAAUUCAUAUUUUUGGAUGUGGAUUUUAUUUUGUAGGAUACAUAUCGGUAAAAAGUGGAUUAGAAGAAACAAAUUGGAUCAUAAAAAAUAACAUUUAAAAUUCAAAUAUUUUCGAUUAAUAUAUCAGAUCGAUUUAUUUUAUAACAAUAACAAUGGUUACAAUAGGUUAUGGAGAUAUAACUCCAGUAAAUUCUAUAGAAAUAAUUUAUUCUGUGUUCAUUUCAUUCAUUACAUGUGGAUUAUUUGGCUAUUGCAUUAAUUUUAUAGGUUCAAUUUUUACUGAACUCUCUAAAAAAUCAAAGGAAUUUUAAAAAAAGUUAUUAGUUAUUACAAAAUACUUGAAUAGCAGAAAUAUAGACUAAUCUAAUCAAAUAAGAGUGCUAAAGUACCUAGAAUAUCUUGAUGAGUCAUAAGAAGAAAAUAUAUUGGAAGGCUACAAUAUUUUGAACAGUUGCUCAAAAGACAUAAAAGAAGAUAUCAUGAAGUAAUUCUAUGGUUCAGUCAUAAAAAAAAGCAGGCUAUUUAAAGAUACAUUUAGUAAAGAAUUCAUAGAAUCUUUAAGUUUAAAAAUGCAAGAAAGAUGCUUUGCUCCUGGAGAAACAAUAAUAGAAAGAGGUUAGAAAUUAGAGAGUCUUUAUUUUAUCACAAGAGGGUAGACAGAAUAUUUUUUUGAUAAAAAAGAUCAAAAAAAUUCAAUAUGCAUUUUUGGAAAUCAGGUUAUAGACUUAAGAAUUUUUAUGGCUUAGUAGAAAUCUGAUAUUUCAAUAAGAAGCAAGGGCAUAACAGUAGUAUCAUACUUCGAUCACUAAACUUUUCUAAAUACAAUUUGCCAGUAUUAGGAAGAUUAUGAGAAGUAUAUUUAAUUGAGAGAUUAGUUUUAGAAUGACCAAAGAUUUUAGUAUCCUUGUAGAAGUUGUGGAUAAUAUAAGCAUAAUAUAUUUGAUUGCCCCUAGAUUACAUUGUAAGUUGAUAAAAGUGCUUUUUUGAAAAGAUUUACAAUUAAUUAUGAUUAAGAAAGAAAUUUUGAAAAAAGCAAAAGAAGAACAAAUAAAUUUUAAAGUCUAAGCUAAAUACAUUUAGUUAAAAAGAAACUCAAACUUGCUAGAUAUAAUGUUAUUUCAAACUUAAUUGAUGGAUAUGACUCUUUAAAAAAUACCUCAACUUUCUUUGAAAACAAUGAUGAUAAAGAAUUUUUUAUGCUUCUCCCUAAAAUAAAUUGUUUAAAGCUAAUUGAAAGCUACAAAAAAACUGAUGAAUAUUAAAUAGAUUUAACUCGUUAGAAGCUUUAAACAGAAACAUUAAUAAAUGUUAAAAACAUAUAAUUUGCAGAUGAUAUACUUUAGUAUACUGACUCUAUGAGUAGUAAUAGUAGUAGUGAAAGCUCAGAUGAUGACUCUUCAAGCUAGCAAAGUAUUGAUGAAAAUGAUCAAAAAUUAUGUUCUAAAAGUUAAACUAGCCGCUAAAGUUGUGGAAAUAAAAAUGAAUUAAAUUCUUGCUCAAAAGUUACUGAAGAAAAUAAUAGCAUAGCAAAUUUAGAAGAUGAAAACAAAAUAAAUACUAAAAAUUAGGCUGAUGAUGAUAUUCUGAAUUAAACUAGUAGAUAUUUUCAAAAAGAAAAACAUAAUUCAUUUGCUUCAUUAAUUAGCCAAGAUUUCACUAGAGGACAUGAAAAUUAAAAAAAUAACACUUGUUCAAAUUAUGCAAAUAAUAAAAAUUUAGUUUAAUUUUUUAAUGAAGAAAAUUCUAUUUUAGAAAAAAGCAGUACUUCUGAUUUUAUAACAUUUAAAUAAAGAGGAGGACAUAAACACAACUCAUUAAUAUAAAAUUAGCAUUCUCUGAACUAAUCAAAAUAUAAAAAUAAUCAAUUGUCAUCAACAAAUAUUACCCUUGAUGGAGAAGAAAUCAAUAAAUGUAUAUCCUAAUAAAAAUCAUAAUACGUCGGACUGAAAUAAUAUAUGUAAGGUAAUAUCGAAAGCUUUAGUAAUAACAAUAAUAACACCUAAAAUAUUAAUUAAAAUUAUGCUAAUGUCACAAAUAGUAAUAAUCCUAAUAAUACUGAAAUUAUCAAUAUGUAAAAAAAUUUUAUUGAUCAAAUGAAAUAUAUUUUAAGUUAGUUAGAAUAAAACAAAACAAAUUUGAAAUCAAUUGAUAAAUAAGACAUAAAAGAAAGAUAUCAUAAAUAAUCAACUUUAAACACAAAAAGUGAAAGACGAAAAAGUAAAAUGCUUGCUUUUAAUCUGAAUAAUUAAAUUGGUAGUUAAGUUUUUAAAAAAAAGAGUACCUAAGACAUUUUUGACAAAUAAUAAACAACUCAUUUUUAAAAUCCCAUAAAAGAUUUUAUAGACUAUUAAACUAAUUUUAUUCAUUACUAGAAAUCAGAUUAUCAGUAAACUAACAGUUUAGCUUAAUAGAACACAGAUUGUUUGUUUGGUAAGUGUGGGUUUUAUUUUGAUGCAGUUAAAGAAUACUAGCAUUAUUAUCCAAAAUUUAACUACACUUGUGUUAUUAAAGCAUAUAAAAGAUAAAAGCAGUUUUAAAUUAAGAACAUCAAAUAAUCUCCCAUUAAAUAAAAUACCAUAAAAUAAAAUGAACAUCAAGUAAUUAUUAAAUAAUAAAAGUCUAGUUAAAUAGAUUUAACGAAUAAUCAAAGUUAAAUUAAGCUCUGUGGAAGUUUUUCUUGA